CUCGUCCUCGCCCGCGAAGCCCGCCGCCGCCUGGCCCCGAGCGCCCCGGGACGCGCCAUGGCCGCGCCGUGGGAUCCCUCUGCCCAGACGUUGCUGUGGGACCGAGCUACACCCCCACCACCCCCCGGGCGCUCUUGGAUCCCUCCCGAGCCGAGCUGCGAGCAGACGGCCCAUUGCCCGGCCACCGAGGUCAACCUCUGGAUGGUGGUGGCAGCCAUGCAGGCAGUGGAGAGGAAGGUGGAUGUCCACGCCAGGCAGCUGCGCACGCUGGAGCGGCGGGCGGGGCUGGCCGAGAAGAAAAUCUCCGAGGCAGAGAAAGCAGUGGCCGACUUCGGCCCCCACCUGGACGCCCUGGGGACGUUGAUCCAGGCCUACGGGCAGCUGCAGCGGCGGCUGGAGAACGUGGAGAACCUGCUCAAGAACCGGAACUUCUGGAUCCUCAGCCUGCCUCCGGGCUCCAGGGGAGAAACCCCCCAGGUCCCGGUGAACUUUGACGACGUCUCGAUCUUCUUCUCAGAACAGGAGUGGGAGAGGCCGGACUGGGGGCCGAAGGAGCUCCCCAAGAAUUACGAGUCCUUGGUUGCGAUGGAUUAUGCUCCUUCCAAGCCCAGCACAUUGUCGCAGACGGAAGCUGGGGAAGCUUCAAGUGGCAAGAGUCAAGGACCCACUGGAGAGGCAGAAGGCGCCCAACAAGGCAGCGCAGAAGCUGCUCUCCUCUCCCCGACGCCCGCCCAGGCCGAGGCCGGGCCUGGCAACCUGGGAGCGUUCGGCCUCUCGCCCGAGUCUUCGGAGCAGGGCGCGUCCCGCUUCUCGGAGGAGAGCUUAGCACCUGUGGGUGGCCGGAGUGCUGCCCUCAGGGGAGCACUGGAGGGGCCGGCUGAGCCCGGAAGAGACUUUGGAAGCUUCACCACCAUCAUUGUGCAGGAGGGGGUUCUCCCGGGCGAAGCGCCGUACGUGUGCCCCGACUGCGGGAGAAGUUUCUUGUAUGAGGAGCAGCGUGCCCUGCACCAGCAGUCCCACCCCCAGACCUCUCCGGAUCCCGGGGGCAGCCCAGCACGACACCCCCAGCCGGGGGCUGGUGCUCACACCUGCCCGGAGUGCGGGCGCUGGUUCCCCCACCAGGCCAGCUUGAACAAACACCGCCUCUGGCACUCGGGCGAGCGGCCGCACACCUGCGCCGAGUGCAAGAAGAGCUUCCGCCUGAAGAUCAACCUGCGCCUGCAUGAGCGGACUCACGCGGCCGGCCGGAAAGCCGGAUCCUACAUCUGCGGGCAGUGCGGCCGCAGCUUCAACCACCACUCCAACUUCCUGCGGCACCAGAUGAUCCACACCGGGGAGCGGCCCUACGCCUGCGGCGAGUGCGGGAAGACGUUCAUCCGGAAGGAGCACCUGGCCACCCAUGGCCGCCUGCAUACGGGGGAGCGACCCUACCAGUGCCCGCUCUGCCAGAAGAGCUUCACCCGCAAGCAGCACCUGGUGGGGCACCAGCGACUGCACGAGGGGGAGGCGCUCUGGCUGGCGGAUCGCCCAACCCGGAGGGAUGCGCACGGCCAGUGGGGUGGGACCGGGCCCCGGGCAGAAGCCGCAGAGCCCAGUCUCGGGGAAGAGAUGUUUCCACCUUAGCCGCGAGGGAGAACCAGAAGGCUGAAGGCGAGAUCUGGGGCACAAGGCCCACUGCGACGUCCUACCUGGGCCGAUCCCUGAACCGAUCUGCAGGAGCUUUGCUGAGGCCAAGGAGCAGGGUGGGUCAAAAAAGUCAAGAAGGCAGCCCAAUUGCAUGAUUAGGACUUUUUUGACCCCCUUGCAGAUGCCCCUGCAAGGAGGUUACAGAUAGUCCUCGCUUAACGACCACAAUUGGGACCAGAAGUUUGGUUGCUAAGCAAAACGGUCAUUAAGCAAAUCCAACUCAAUUUUACGUCCUUUUUGUUUUUGCAGCGGUUGUUAAGCAAAUCACCAUGGGCCUUAAGCUAACCACUUGGUCAUUAAGCGAAUCAUACGUGGUCGUAAAUGCGAACCGGUUACCAAGUGCUCAAAUCAUGAUCGCGUGACUAUGGGGAUGCUGCAACAGUCAUAAGUGUGAGAACCGGUCAUAAGUCAUUUUUUUCAACACUGUUGUAAGUCUGAACCACUAAACAUAUGGUUGUCAAGUGAGGACUACCUGUAUGCGGACGCUGUGGCCAACUCUCGGGGGUAAAGUUUUUGUUCUUUGUUUGAAUCCCAGCCUCGGCUUUCUCUGUGGCAGGGUCUGCAGCACGUGCUGAAUUGCGGUAGGCUUAACCAGGAGAUAUCUGGGUUCACCGAAAUAACCUGCCUUCCCUGGCUUAGGUGGGUGCGUGAAGGGGGCCGCUGGUAAGAGAGUCCCAGUGGGAAAUGGUGAUCUGCGCCAGCCUCUGCCCCAACCAGUUUCCUCCCCACUCUUCAGACGCACGGGGGGAAGGUCUGUGGGCUGUUUGGUCGUGCCUCUGAAAGAAAGUUGUGCCCAGUAUUUCUUUUUCAGAGUGGGAGGGUGCUUGUACGAGACUGUGAAACCAAGCAAGGGGUUCAGGAGCAGCAGAUGACAGACGGAACAACAUAACCAAUUGUGGCAGUGGAGGGCAAAGUGGUUAAAAUGCCAGCCUGGCAAAGCAGCAGGGAAGGGCUGCAACCAGGGGUGCUGGGGGGUGUACGUGUGUGUAUGUCACAAAAGUCAAGGGGGUGGCUGUGACUGUACAAUCACAGCUGCCAUCUUGACUUUUUUUGUCCUCC